AAAAAAUGGUGCUUGCUUCUUCCCCUAGUAAAAUACUAAUUGGUCUGUCGUUAGACCGUGAUGAUAGCAGAGAACUUCUCUCAUGGGCUGUUAGAGUUCUAGCCAAUCCGAAUGACACCAUUGUCGCACUCCAUGUACUUGUUUCUAAGGAUAAGAAGAAAAGGAAGAAGAAGCGUGCUUCAAUGACAAGAAGGCAGUCACAACUUCGGCAGGCUAAAGCCUGUGUCAUAUCUGUGCUUGGUGAAUUUGCAAAGGCUUGUUGGUCUAAGCAGGUGAAUCUGGAAGCCAAAGUGGCAUUCAGUUCCAAUGUAGGUGAAGGUUUAGUUGAAGAAGCCAAGUCCAUAUCUGCUGAAUUUCUUCUUCUUCGUGGUUCUAGAAACCAGUCUAGCAA